AAUAUGGCUGCUGUAUUCAAUUUGUUUUGGUUAAUUGUUAUUCCAGCGUUAAUGUUGAUUAAUAACGCCGAAGCCCAAUACAGAAUGCAGCCCAUACCAUACGGACAACAAGCGCUCAAACCAACGGCCACACACCCAUUAAUAAGCACUUUACUAUCAACAUACUCGACCAACAUGCCAAUAGUAGAAAAACUAAACACAUUAGCUACUGUAAUACAAAAAAUGCCGCCGAAAUGUACUAAAGCGCCUAAUAAGAGGAUCUAUAUGGUAGAAGCAUUAAAGAAUUCAGCUUUAGAAAGCCUAAUGAUGGCGGCUAACGCUUGCAAAUGUCAUAAGAAUAUUGACAACGUCAAUGUCAUCCGCCCGUCAAAGAGACAGGUGACAGUUCGAAAUGACAGGCCCGUAAACGUCAGAUACGUUUGAAUUUGGAAUUGCUAGUGGUGGUGUUUGUGUUUUAUUUAUUUUUUUGUGAAG